AAAAUAUUGACUGGUGCUUGUUUUGAAAUCGCGAGAAAUGGGCAAAAAUCACCGUCAUAAAAAGAAUUUAAAGGCCGACAAGGCUAAAGUUAAACUCAAACAAACCAAAACGAAGUUCCUACCGAAAGGUUUGAACGAAACUAAGGCCACUUUUAAAAUAAAGCCCAUUGUUCUCGCUGAGCAACUUAAAGAACGAAGUAACGAAGCCCCUUUAAGUAAGAGAAAACUUGAUGUUAAGGACUUGUGUAACAGAAUGCAACACUAUAACGAAAAUGUGAGACGUUCAGCCUGCGAAGACCUCACCGAUAUGUUUAGACAAUAUUCCGAGGACAUUAUACGAGACAACUUGGAUGACGUUAUAUUAAACAUUUCGAAUUUAAUGCAAGACAGGGAUCGGAAAGUUAGAAAUGCUGUUGUCAAAGCUUUGAAUAUUAUUUUAGAAUUGACUGACAACGAGAAAUUGGAGCCUUUUUUCAAAUACUUCUCGGUCAACAUGCGGUGUGCCAUGACACACAUUGAUCAAGGAAUCCAAGAGGAUUCUUUGAAAUUCCUGGAUUGUUUCUUAGUUAGAAAUUGCGGUUUGGUGGCAAACACUUCGAACAAAUUACUACCAGAUUUUUUUACGCUUAUUUCGAGAUUAAAAAACGAGAGUUCUUUAGGGCGAACUCUAACACUGAACUUAGGAAGUAAAAUUACUACAGUGUCUUGGAGGAUUAAGGUGUUGAGUAGAUUACACGCAGUGUUGGAAUUAAUUUUGGAAAACAACAAAAGGGAUAUCGAUAGUAAUGUUGAUUAUGAUGCAAACGAGUCCAAUACAUUCCCUAUAUAUAAAAAUCACUUUUACGAAGCAUUAACAAAUCCGAGUUUGGAAUAUUGGGAGAGCCUCGAAGAUGAUACAUGUAAAAACACAUUAGACAUUCACCUGUCGACCUUAAUUCCGAUUUUUCACGAUAUUUCCAUGGAAGUGUUGCCAGAUAAGAAAGUUUAUGUGCACGAAGGUACUUGUUUGAACGAAGAAUCAUUAGCUAUUUUAUGGAGCAUUGUGAAUACAAUGUAUUUGUUAUGGAAAUACGUGGAAAAGAACCAAAGUGCUAAUCCAAAUUUGAUGAAAGUUUUUACAUCGGACGAAGCAACGACAUUUUUGGGUCAUUUAAUGAAGCUGUUUCCAUAUAGUCAAAACGAAAAUACCAUUAAUACCGCGAAAUCUGCGUUAAAGUUGUUUGAUACGAAUUUGGACCCGAAUUGCGUGAAGGAGAAUAUCAUGCUCUGCUACAUAUGCUUUGUGUUACACGCAAAUAUAGCAAGGGAUACUAUUAAGAAAGAUUUAGUGAUUAUAUCGUCCUAUAUUAACAAGUGUUUGUUAACAAAAAACUACAUAAAUCAGCACAAUAUUCAGUAUUUCAUCGAAGUACUCAGGCUGUGCCUUUUGGAAAAAUCGCAUUUAUGGAAGAAAACUAGAGUCGACGUUAAGAAGAUUUUAGAAAACGUGCUGGUGUUCUAUCAUUCUGUGUCAAUUGGAGAAAAACAGAGAAUGAAAUUAUUCAAGAUUCUCGCAGAUCUUCUGGAUAAUCCUUACUUAUCCAAAUCUUCCCAGUAUCAAUCUUGGCUUGCUUCAUUGGCAGAGCUGCUGUGUAAACCACAAAUUAGCGAUACAACUGUUGAAACUUUGUUGGAAUUGGCAAGAAAAAACUGCUCGCCGUUUCUUUCAGCAGUAAAAUCGAAUUUCGUUCGAAUACUAGAUAAUUUGGAUUCUCUGAAUAUAGUAGUAACGAAAAAAAGCUAUAAAGAUGAAGCGGCCGUUAAAAGGGAAAUUGUUUAUAUUUUCUAUUAUUUAAGAGAAUUGAGUUCUAAGGAAUUUAAGAUGUUAAUAAUAAUGAUUUCGAAGCACGUUUCCGAAGAGGAUUGUCAAUUAAUUAAGGGAUAUCUUCAGAAGCAAAUUUGUUGAUUUUGAUCGAUUUC